UCAGCUCCGCUCAUCUGUAGUCACUUCAAUCACGCUUAUCCGCAGUUACACCCAGCAAUCGCAUCAUCUCCCCCUUGCUUGAGCUACACAGAACUGACGUGAGCCAUAUGGAUUCACCUCAAUUUAGUCCAGAAUUUCACAUUGUCGCUAUCAAUCUUGUUCUGUUCUACAGGACCUUCCCCAAUAUCGUCGAAAGCUCACCAACAAACAACAAAUGCCUCCCCCUACUCGAAAUAUACAACGAAUGGCACCCAGUGCAAGAGGUCGAAGCUUUGACCGAUCACCCACAAUAUCAAGCCAAGUUGCACAAAGAAUGGUUGGCUGACAAUCAUGCCCGGCGCAUUGCGUUCAAGACACGAUUCAAGGAGGUUAUGCAGAACGCCUUGGAUGCCCGCCGCGACAGCGAGUCCAUAGACGACAGAGCAGAGGAUACGGCAUCGCCGUCCGAUAGCCCAACACCUGCUCAACACCCAAUAUCACCUGUGGAUCAUGGCACCAUAGUGCGUUAUCAACCUCGUGUUAACGCUUUACCUGCACCAGUCAACAAACCGUCGUUACUCAGCCGUGUAACUGCUCGUGGCACACAACUCCUAUCUCACAUAGGCCCCAUUCCGGUCCCCCAGCUGCCUAUCGGACCAGGAUUGACGUUGCAACGGCCCUACCGAGCUCCGACAGGUUGGGUUCAAGCAGGUCAGGAUGCAGCUCAUCUGGAGCAGGAUGGUUCAUACGAAAAUGGCGGUAUAGCGAGGCGUCGCCGUCGAGACGAACAUGACUAUGGGCUCGAUGACGGUGAUGACGGUUCCUUUGACGAUCGGAGGGUACGAAGGAAGCGGUACUAGCGGGGGGCUUGUUAUUGAAUGCGUUUCCAUUUGGUCAUUAAACAUAUGUAACAAAAGGUUGUAACAAGCAAAUCAAUCAAUCAUUCAUUCAAUAUGAGUUUG